AUGAACAAUAAUCAUAUCAAUUCUUCAUCAUCAGCUGCCUCUGAUUCAUCGGAUCCAAAAAGGAUGAAUCACCAAACGAAUGGACGCGUCCAUCUUCCGCCACGAGCAUCAAAUUCUCUCUCAAAUUCCAACAAUCUCCUUCUUUCCCAACAACAAACACCCUUCAUCAUUGAUAACAACAAGAACUACUCCAAUUUAAAUUUCAAUCAAAUGAUGCUCAACAAUCAAAUGAUGAUGAGCAACCCCAUCUUCUUUCAAAAUCAUUUACUCUCCCAACAACAACAUUUGAACGGGAUCGCAACCACCUCCGUCAAUAAUAACAACAAUUUACAACCAAUUCAAAUGCCCAUCACGAUCAUCCCAAACAAUUCUCAAGCCACAACAACCACAACAAUGGACAACAAUGCAGUUGAUGUGGACGACUUUGCUUUAUUCCAACAGGAGCAGGCCAAGCAAUUCUCCUUUUUUCAACAACAACAGGCUGCUAUGUUUUUGCAAAUGGCAGCACUUCAACAACAACAGCAACUUGAAACUCUUGCGAAUGGAGUGUUAGGUCCGUAUAUCCAUGCUUCUCUCUCGAAUUCAACGAGUUCAUAUGGAGGAGAAGAUGACGCUGCAUCAUCAUUACCCAUGUUCAUCCCCACUUCCACAUCGCCAUCUGUAAAUAUCCUCAACAACACCAACAACACUCCUGCUCUUGAUCUUUACUCAACUUCACCAAUGAAAGAUUCAUUAUUGAGUUCAAGCCCAUCCAACCAAAUGUCUGUUUCUGUUGAUGGUCACUCAACGAACACAGAUACCACCAACAACAACGAUCCAGAAAAUGAGGACAAAAGAAGUCAGAUGUUGACGGCAAAUCAAAGAAGAACUGGUCCUGUGAGACGAUCAAAAAAAGGAGGUUGGUCAGAGGAAGAGGAUGAAAUGCUUCGUAGGGCCGUGCAGCUCUAUGGAGGAAAAAAUUGGAAGAAAAUUGCUGAAACACUUCAAAACAGAACUAGUGUGCAAUGUUUACACAGAUGGCAAAAGGUGCUCAAUCCGAAUCUUGUUAAAGGCCCUUGGACAAAAGAGGAAGAUGAAACUAUUCUUCAGCUUGUAAAAACCUACGGAGCAGAGAAUUGGAGUAUGAUUGCUUCUCAUUUGCCUGGCAGAAUUGGAAAGCAAUGUAGAGAAAGGUGGUAUAACCAUUUAGAUCCAAGUAUCAAGAAAGAGCCUUGGACUGAGGAAGAAGAACAGUUGUUAUUGGAAGCUCAACGCAAGUUGGGAAACAAAUGGGCAGAAAUUUCAAAGCAAAUUCCUGGAAGAACUGAUAAUGCUUGUAAAAAUCACUUCAACUCUCUGAUUGCGCGUGAAAAGAAAAAAGCAUCAUCAACAGAUUGCCCAAUCACCGAGGCUACAACUAAGAAAACAAAAAAGCCCACUACCAAGAAAGAUGACACUUCCUCAAGGUCUAAACACAAAAGAUCGCUCUCAGACACUGUUUUUUAUCAAAACUUUAAGUAUGAGCCAAAGGAUUCUUUGUUAGCUCCUCCUACGUUGUCACCAAUGGCAACAUCGAGUAAUUCUGGCAAUAAUUCUCCCAGAUCGAAUGACCAGCAACAACAUUUACUUCCACCACCUCAUCCAUCGUCUCAACCAACUAUUUUUCCCACUUUCAUUAAUCCAUCAUCGUCGAAUGUUACUCCGUUCUCCCUCAAUUUUCCAUUUUCCAAUACGAACGUAACACCUUUAGUGAUACACAAUGGAAAUAUUAUACAACAAAAUGUCAUUCCAUUAUCAAAAGAAAAUGUACAAAAGUCAACGGCGCAAGAUACUCCAAGCCAAUUAAUAAUACCAAACAUCGAUAUUACCUCGCCAAACUCAACAGCUACUCCAAGCGAUCUCUUCCAUGAUGCUUCUGCUUUUGAUGCAACAGAAGGACCCAAUUCAGUUUUAUCUGAUGUACAGGACACUCUUAUUAACCAAGUUGGUUCAAGCUUUACCAACUUUGACAAUUUUGAAUUUGAAAACGAGGUAUUAAUUCAUGAGAAUAGUAAUGAAGAAGGAAGCAACAACAGUGCCACAAGUGGACAAAAGAAUGCUAGACCCUCUACAGUAUUUGAUGAGGAAAUGGACUUUAAUGAUAUGGACGAAUCAGAGCUGCAUAACUUUUUGGAGGAGGACGAUGAAGAUGAACAGACAAACAGUGGUCUUUUACCAACAGCAUUUAUUGAACUUGAUAGCAGACAAGUGAAACGAAAGAAGUUCAACCAUAUUUUCCAUAACAGAUCUAUUUCAUUUGACGUUUCGCAAUUACAAAAUAAGGAUCAAUUUUUCUAG